AGUACUUACAAAUGAUUAAUCCUCAAUGCGUCUUAACAAACUGUACAUCCUCUGAUGGACUAAGCAUUCUCCAAAACACUAGUUAAGAAGCAUGUAUUGGUAUUGGAUAGAAGCAUGUAUUGGUAUUGGAAGGUAGUUUAAGUGGCAAAGUAAGUACUCUUUCAGCUUCGAUUCUGUAUUCAGAAUAGGAAAACUGCGAGUGUAUGGUAUAGAGUAUAGACUGAGUAGAAGGAAUGCAAUGCACAGACACGUCCUGCUGGGGCUGGGUGACUACAUCACCUACUUUUCCUCCAAAACUCAAACUCAAAGUUGCUCAGACUCAGACACAAACCCAUUUCGAAAAGAAGUAUGACAAUGCUUCUUACGAUGUGAAAGUGAAAGUCCCUCUACCUUCUCAUGUGCAAUCCAUUACUAGCACUUCAAACCCAUUUGUGAAGCACUGCCUCAAGCUGCGCCACAACUCUUCUUAUCGCCACUCCCAUGGUUCAGUUCUCGUUGUGGGUGCUACCCCUAUUAGGGAAAUAUACAGGUUUCAAGAAUCGUUGCAGGAUAAAACUGUGGGAAUGGAUUGUUUACUUCUACUUGAUAAAGCUGAGGUUCCUGAAGGGAUAGAUGAUCUCUCUGUUCGUAUUGUGCGUGUGAGCUCUAUGGUGAUGAGAAAACUUUCUGGUGUGCAGUCAACUGAAUCUAUUGAAGCAAUUGCCCUGAUGAGUAUUCCUACCAGUUUUUUCAAUGUAGUUGAUGGUCAAGAAAAGGCAGAUUGUCAAAGAUGGUUCGCAUCACCGCAUCGAAUUCUAGUCCUUGAUGGGAUCCAGGAUCCUGGAAACCUUGGUACAUUACUCAGAUCAGCUAUGGCCUUUAAAUGGGGAGGUGUUUUUCAACUUCCUGGCUGUUGUGAUCCGUUUAAUGAGAAAGCACUUCGAGCUAGCCGAGGAGCCUCCUUUCAGCUCCCUAUAGUUUCUGGCAACUGGGUUCAUCUUGAAGCCCUUAUAAAUGAAUUUCAAAUGAAGGUGCUGGCUGGCCAUCCAGAGAGUACUGAAAAUUUAAAGCCAGUUGCUUGGCUUUCUCAAGAGCUAGCAGAUUCUUUUGUAGAUGUGCCAUUGUGCUUUGUAUUGGGUAGUGAAGGAAGUGGCCUUUCAGAGAAAUCUUUGCAGGUUUGUGAGCUUGUGAGCAUUCCAAUGGCUGGAGAGUUUGAGUCUCUGAAUGUUUCAGUGGCAGGAGGGAUUUUCUUGUAUAUGCUUCAGCCUAAGAUUCAGAGAUGUGUCUGAUUCUUGUUCUCUUUCUGUUAAUGCUAUAGGAACUACGGAGAGUAACGUGCAUGAGCCCUUUGAUUUUGAGUUGCCACAUUAUCGAAGAUAAAAGAGCCUUCCUCUAUUUGUUUCAUUUGUAAUAUAGAUGGAUGUUAAACUUGUAAUUACAAAUGCUGUGCAGCAAAAUUGAAUGAUAUAAUUUCCUAGGAAGGUUUUGAGA